UGUAGGGCCAGAGCACUAAAAAUGGCUCUGCACUAGUUCCAUUCUUUCAAAUGCCUCAUUUUAAAAAGGGAUUUAAAAUAGUAGUUGUCUGUGAACAGAUAAGACUAAGGUACAAGGCUUUCUACUUGGUAGCUCUACACAAGAACAAUGAAAUCACGAAAUAUAGAUAAAAGGAAAGCUUAAAUCAUUUCCAGGAAAAAGAUAAGUUCAGACCUUGCAGUAUCAGAGCUGUAAGUUCAUCAACUCUUGCAAUUAUUCACUGCUUGCGCAUGACUGUGAACCUAUGCACCGGUGCCGAAGCUGGCACGCAGAUCCCUUUUAGCAAGCAUGUUUUUCUCAACUAAAACCUCAGUAUUCAGGGUUAAUUGUAAUGCUGCUAUUUUUUCAUAAAUAAGUGAUUUUUGGAUUGUAGUUUGAUUAUGUCCCAUGUCUCCCACCAUGAUCUAUUUUGAGUAUGUGUUUACGACAAUUUGUUUUUAAAAAUACCUCAAGGUCAGUAAGAGACCAACUUCUGAGUGUAAGAAUACAUUUUGAGACCGAGCACGAAGUCCCAGCAUGCAGCACGCGGUGAAGCAGGUCGCGACGUUUGGCAGCCUCCAGCCCAGCUCCACUGCCUCUGCGGCUGGAAGCCCGGCGGCGCAUAAGGUUGCCACACUGGGGGAAAGAGGGGGAGACCAGGCUCGAAAGAAUGAUCUUCUGAGUUCCCGCACUAGCAGCGAAGGAGUCCGAGGGUGCCUUAACCUGGACCCCCGGGGCCCAAAGGGCGGAUCCGGUUGCGCAGUGAGCCACGACCCUCGGUGCAAUCUUCACCAGGCCCGCGCCAGUCCUCUCCACUGUGCUGCAAGGCCUCCAGCCCUGUCUCUGGGCUGCUGGCGGGCCAGGCCGGCUCCACCCAAGACACAGCGCAGACAGACGAUCCGCAGCCUCCAACCCCCAGCCCCCAGCCAAACCUGUAGCACUGUAAAAAGAACUCUUUGUAAUCCCCGGCCACCGGAAGUUGUGCGGCCGGAAGCGCGCCUCCAGGAGUUCCGGGAGGUGCGGCAGAAAAUACGCCCCCGGGAAACUAUGCCAGAGCCCGAGCUGCCCCGGCCUGGCGGAGAGCGGAGGAUGGGCGGAAGUCCGCGUGCCCGGCAGAAAGGGUUCCUGCCACUGUGGGCAUGCGCGCCUGGGGUGUGGGGCGCCUCCUAUAAUCGCGCACUAUCUCCCGGGCCCCUACAGCCGGUGGCGCCUCGCUGCCAGCAGGCUGCCUCCCUGAAGGCAGGGUGUGUCGCUGGAGUAACUCAGCAACGGGAGAGAAGUACAGAAGGAGGGGGACACGUGACAGUUGUUGCCAUCCAGUUGGCUCUCUGGCUGUCCUUGAUUCUAGCUUGGGAACCACAUUCUUUCUGGCCAUUUGAUUCCUUUAUGCCCUUUUGUGAUGGAACACAGCAGGCAGCUCUGUAGAACUCAUCUGUCAGAAGCCAUGCCUCUGAGAAUGAGAGGGCCCCAGACCCCUGCCAGGAAUCCAGAACCAGGCAGGGUUCUAGGGUUCCCAGUGCAGCUCCCUCUCUCCCUGAAGGAGGGGUGGUGGCAAAAAGUCCAA